GCAGAGCGGAGGAUCGGAACGGACGCGCGGCAUGAGUACGAGAGUGCGAGCGGGUACGAGCGGAAUCUCGAGCGGCACACCGAACAGUUCGAAUCCCGCUUCUCGCCGUGACGACGUUCGGACCCGCGCGCUCCUUCACGCUCGCCUCGCUCGAAUUUCGAUCCUCGAUCAUGACACGCGGACGGACGAAGAUGUGCAGGUGAAACGUGCUGCGCUUCCUACCUGACGGAGAAAACAAAAGGGACAAGCGACGUAGUGCCGAAAAUUAUAUAAAAAAAAAAGAUCAACAUCAUUUUGGAUAUUACCAAGAAGAUUUAACUUUGGUGGUGAUAAUUUAUAAAAUUUGUGUGGAGAGUUUGUUCGAGGAUUUACGGCGCUUCCGAUUGAAUCAAGAAGUAAGAUGUGGCAUUUGUCGUGCGUCGACGACUUCUUGAACCGCGCGUUUUACAAAGUUGGCCUCGUUGUUGGCCGACAUCCCGGUUACUUCAUAAUCGUGCCAAUACUGUUGGCAUGCAUAUGCUUCACCGGCUACCAGAGGAUACACUACGAAAUCGAUCCGGAAUACCUUUUCUCGCCUAUCAACGGCCCCGGGAAGACCGAGCGAGCGAUAGUCGAACAGUACUUCAAAGUCAAUUAUAGUCAAUUCAGUGUCGCUCGUAUCACUAGGCCAGGCCGAUUCGGUCAUGUAAUCGUGAUUCCCAAGGAUGGCGGGAAUAACAUGCUGAAGAGCGCAAUUUGGCAUGAGCUGGAGGAGCUCGAUCAAAUUAUUCGGAACGUCAAAGCGAAAUACGAGGAUGAAAUAUUCACAUACGAACAAAUUUGCGCACGAUGGCUUAACAAGUGCUUCAACAACGACAUCCUAAAUUUAAGUCAUAUAAUAAGCCAGGUGGAAAAACGGGAAUAUAAUCUGACGUUCCCGAUGUAUUUGAAUCCAGUCACGUGGGACAUUCACUUAUUCCCGGUGUACUUCGGCGGAAGCGUCAUCAAUGAUGAUCUCACUAUAGAAUCGGUGCCCUCGGUACAACUCGGCUAUUUCGUCACCGUCAACAGUUCACGGCAGGACGCAAUCGGAGCCGCCUGGGAGGAGGCUUUUCUGGAUGCCGUCGGUAAGGUCGAGGACGAAGGUGCGUUCAAGCACAUUAGCAUCGCGAGAUUUGCCUCGAGGACCCUCGAGCUGGAGCUGGAGGCUAACACCAAGACGGUGGUGCCAUAUUUCACCAGCACGUUCAUUAUAAUGGCUCUGUUCUCGAUCGUGACAUGCAUGAUGACCGAUUGGGUGCGUAGCAAGCCUUGGCUCGGGCUUUUGGGCAAUCUUUCGGCCGCUAUGGCGACAGUAGCUGCCUUCGGUCUAUGUAUCUAUCUAGGGAUCGAUUUCAUUGGCAUCAAUCUCGCCGCGCCAUUCCUUAUGAUCGGAAUAGGAAUCGAUGAUACUUUUGUCAUGUUGGCGGCUUGGAGAAGGACAAGUAUUACCAAACCGGUACCCGAAAGAAUGGCAGCAACACUGAGUGAGGCUGCCGUUUCUAUUACCAUUACAUCUUUAACGGACAUGAUAUCUUUCUUCAUCGGCAUUCUCUCGCCCUUCCCUUCGGUGCAGAUUUUCUGCAUUUAUUCAGGUUUUGCGGUAGUUUUCACCUUCCUGUUCCAUCUAAGUUUCUUCAGUGGAUGCGUCGCGAUCAGCGGUUAUUGCGAACGAAAAAAUCUGCACAGUGUAGUGUGUUGCAAGGUGGAGCCUUUAUCUAAAUCGACUCAUCGAUCGUGGCUCUACAGAGUAUUUUGCUCCGGUGGAAUUGAUCCUGACGACCCUCACAAUCCAAUCGACAACCCUGAACACGGAUGUAUGACUUGGUUCCGCGAUUAUUUGGCGGCCGCGUUAAAUUGUCGCCCAGUGAAAGCAGUUAUCAUUGUCGUUUUUGUGUGCUACCUUCUCGGCGCCCUUUAUGGCCUGACAACCCUUAAGGAAGGCUUGGAUCGACGCAAGCUUUCCAAAGAAGAUUCCUAUUCGAUCGCUUUCUACGACCGCGAGGACUUUUACUUCAGAGAGUUUCCUUACAGGAUACAGGUGAUUAUAAGCGGCGAGUAUGACUAUAGCAAUCCAGUGAUUCAAGAGCAAGUGGAGAAUCUGAUGAAAAGCCUCGAGGCGAGCAAGUACAUCAGCGCGCCGGUCUACAGCGAGAGCUGGCUGCGCAGUUUUCUCAGCUAUGUGUCGGAUAAUGAAGAUUACUUGAACGUGACUAUCGAUGAUGAGAGUAGCUUCAAUGAGGCCCUCAAGGCUUACUGGCUGUACCCGAUCACCUCCAACACUUUGGAUGUCAAGUUCGACGAUGCGAACGAGAAAAUUAUAGCGAGCCGAUUCCUGAUACAAGCGGUGAACGUGAGCGGCACGAACCAGGAAAAGGACAUGGUGAAAGAGCUGCGCGGCAUCUGCAAGGCGUCACCGCUGAACGCGAGCGUGUUUCAUCCUUACUUCGUGUUCUUCGACCAAUUCGAGCUGGUCCGGCCGACCAGCAUCCAGUGCAUGAUCUUCGGCGCGCUCGUCAUGAUGCUGAUCAGCUUCAUCUUCAUCCCCAACGUGUUUUGCUGCCUGUGGGUCGCCUUCUGCAUCGUGUCGAUCGAGCUGGGGGUGGCCGGCUACAUGGCGCUGUGGGACGUGAAUCUCGACAGCAUCUCCAUGAUCAAUCUUAUCAUGUGCAUCGGCUUCAGCGUCGACUUCACGGCGCACAUCUGCUACGCGUAUAUGAGAUCGAAGCGAUCGCGGCCGGAGGACCGGGUCAAGGACAGCCUGUACAGUUUAGGUCUGCCGAUAGUUCAAGGCGCGGCGUCGACAAUACUCGGUCUGAUGGCGCUCCUGCUGGCCGGCACCUACAUUUUCAUGGUGUUCUUCAAGAUGGUCUUCCUCGUGAUCUUCAUCGGCGCCAUGCACGGUAUGUUCUUGCUGCCGGUGUUGCUGUCCCUCUUCGGGCCCGGCGCCUGUAGCGGCGGCCACGACGAGCCGGAGGAGACGGAAAAUUCAAAGAACGGCGCGCAGGAGAAGGAGCUGCCGAGCAAGCUUCAGCAGCCCUACGUGAUCCCGCAUCCCCAUCUAGUCUACUACACCGCGAACGCCGUCAAGCCGCUCCAGGACAGUCCGGCGAUGAGCAUGGCGGCAUUCGAGGAGCGGGAUCCAGGCCUGGGCACCAGCGAGGACAGCAACUCGACGGAGAGCGGCUCCUCGCAGAGCAGACGGCGCCAGUGCAAGCAGGAUCAGCAAGACCAGCCGAGCCAGAUCCGUCACGAUAUGUGGAGGAGGUCCGUCGGUGUUCUGUACGGCCUGUCGCAGUUCCAAUCUGCGAUCGGCGAACCAGCGCACCCGGCGCCGGAUUAUCCUGGCGCUGUGGCGCAAGCCCGAGAACCGCUCGGCGAGGACAAUAAUAAUCCGCGAAAAACGGUGCCUUAUCUGGGACCUCACGUCGCACGUCACCACUUGAAUCACUUUCCGCAGAACUGUAGACGUAGCAAAUCCUACCACAAUCUGCAGUAUUCUGCACCCGCGCGGCAUUUAACGGAUCCCCGAUACCCUUAGAGAUGAGAUCGCGAAGUAUAGCGUGAAAAAAAAAAAGAUUUCGACCCUAUGAGCGAGACGAGAAAUCCCUCUGUCGAUUUCAGCCUCUUGAAACGAGAUGAUAAUAACUGACUUAAGACAUUUUUGCGAGAAAAGAUCUGUCACUUGAAUUUUUCGCGAAAAAGAGUCGAAAGAUAUGGCAUUUCAAAAUCUUGAUAUAUGUUUCAUUGAAAAUAUUCUAGUGACAAAAGAAGAACGAUAAUUUAUAUCGGCACGUACGACAAUUUUAAACCAUGACAAUACGAAGGAAAGAGAAGCAAGAAGAAAAAACCGUAUUUCGCAAGAUUAGAAUGUCUGAGUUACAAUUUAUCGGUACGAAGGGGCUGAAUUUCAGGUCAGGAUCAAGUCAGGAGAGUUAAAUCCUCUCAGCGGGACGCUUGACAGUCCCACAGAGGGUGGCAAUAUAAAAUAUGACGCUUGGGUCUAUUUGGAUCUUGUAUAGUGAAGUCUUUUUAUACAUUUAUAUCAAACUUUUUUUCAUAAAUUUUAGUUUUAUAUAUAUCUUCUUUUUUACUGUCUGUAUGAUAAAAAAAUAUGGAAGUAAAGAAAUAAACAAGCAAACAAAUAUCUAACGAUUGAAUUAGAAAUAUGAAAAAUAAAGUAAAGGAUACUUUGGGGCAUAAAUAUACAAUAUAUAUAUAUAUUUAUGUCUCUAAAAUACAAAAAAUAUUAAUCUUAUAUAUAGAUUUGGAUCCGAACAGACCCAUGCGCCGCUAAAUAAGGAUUAAUGAUCUUGAAGACUUUUUGUAUAGUAAUGCUUACUACGAAGUAGUGGUGAAUUUCAACGACGUUAAAGUUGUGUGUCGCUACAUUUGUAAGUAUGUUAUGUACGAUAUCAAUGAUUCUUGCAUAUCACUUGCAGAACAGUUAUUGUAUACAGGGUGUCUCGAGAGAGAGAGAGAUGUGUAUCAAUAGCAGGAACAUUUAGCGACUCCGUAUUCCCUUCAAAGAAACGUCACUAUAGUUAAAGUUAUGAUUAAAAAAGAAGGAAUCUAGAUUCUCAAAUAUUUAGAGAUUUAUCAGUUUUUUACAUUUCUGAGUUCUAAUUGUUAUGUUUAAAUGCUCAAAGCCGUACCGUUAUCGCAUAUUUGGCACAAAGUAUAAUCAUUUGAUGAUCUUUUAUUUAUCUAACAAAAUAAACACAAAACGACGAUUAAAUAUAAUUGAAGAUACGGACCUAACACCAAGAGCCACAAAUUUGUAAAUUGUUUGAAGUCGAUUCUUACAUCACUAGAUCCUAAAGCAAUGAUUUGCUAAAUUGUUUUCCUCCUCUGUCAUAGAUACCAAAUUUUAUGUUAGCAUAUUAGCGAAGUACCCUUCGCAGUCAAAGGGUUAAUUGUAGCAUUUGUGUUAUGCAAUGUCCUUUGCGUGAGAACAAUGCACUUAUUCGAGCUGAUAGCGCCUGAAUGGCGACUCCUCGUUCGGGUUAAUAUUAGUCGUUAAGAUUAGCUCAAAAAAAAUCAUAUAAGAUAAUAUAAUGUGCUCAAUAUCAAUCAAAAGCAAAACGUCCCGCAAUAUAUCAGUUAAGAUAUUCUGAUCGACGUACAAAUUAUUCACGUCGAACAAUACGUGCCUUAAACAAGAGAUGCUACAGACGUAGCAGUUUGUCGUACAAUUCAAUUUGUCAAGUAGAAAAAAAGCUUUUUUCCUACUUUCCAAACUUUCUUCGCUUAAAAAAAUGUAUGCAUUUUUUUUAAAUUAAAAUACUUAAUAAAAAAUGAUUUAUUUCAAGGUUUUCUUAGAUUUUAAAUUUUAACUAUCACUUUGUAUAGACAAUUUCAACAUCACUGUAAUUAUCAUUGGAUAAUGUGUAUUAUUUGAUCAAAGUCAAAGUGAUCUAUAUAAAGAGUGAGCUAAGUGAAGAUAGUUAAACAAGACCUCAAACAUUAUUAGUGAAGCGAAUGCACGCUUCAUAAUCCGAGCGACAAAUCUGUACGGGAAUAAAUGACCUAAUAUUUAACAAAUUGUUAUAUUUCCCUCUAAAUUUAAAAAAUCGAUGAUAGUGCAAAAUUAUCAUUCCUUGCCGCAACACUUUAAAAUCAUUGCUAUAUUUACGAAUAUAGGAACAAAAUUAUUGCGACAAUCAGUUUGAUAGAUAUAAAAAUCAAGAGUGACUCGUAAUUUAAGAAAUUUUUUAGCUUAUACCACGCUUCGUACCACGUGUUGUAUGAUUUAUGGUAUUUUUUACGAAGGAUUCAAGAACAUCUUUCUUAUGAAUUCAUUCGUCAAAUAAAUUGUUUAUCAUGUUACGGAAAUGUUCGAAAACGAAGUACGACAAUAUGUGUCUUAAGGCGGAAUAAUAAUAAGUACAGGCGAAUAUAUCUAAAGAAGCGAUCAUGUGUACAGAUGGACUUCCUCACUUUGCGAUUUUCAAUGCGUGCGUGUGUUUCCAUAUUUAUGAAUGCGAGAGAGGAUAUGAACUAAGCGAUAUUGUUAGCUGAUGGCAGACACGAUGUUGCCAUUAAAAAGAACAAUUAAUGUAAGAAAUAUAUUCUAGCAAUGAUCUUUUA